UUGCAACAGUUGGCUGUCUGGGUGUUUAAUGUUACACUUUUAACCACCAAAUGUUUCUAACUGUUUCUUAUUAACGAAAUGACGCUGCAACAACUUAGUUUAGAAUACUAGUGGUGGUUUGGUCCGGGCUAUGUACUGGAGACGAAAACACGUCAAAGACCAGAAUGAAUGUGGGUGUGGCACACAGUGAGGUGAACCCAAAUACUCGGGUCAUGAACAGUCGAGGGAUCUGGCUGACCUAUGCACUGGGUGUCGGAAUACUUCACAUUGUGCUCUUGAGCAUUCCCUUCUUCAGUGUGCCGGUGGUGUGGACUCUCACUAAUGUCAUACACAACUUUGGAAUGUAUGUCUUUAUGCAUGCAGUGAAAGGCACACCUUUUGAGACCCCCGACCAAGGAAAAGCCAGACUUCUUACACAUUGGGAACAGCUCGACUACGGCGUGCAGUUCACUUCAUCUAGAAAGUUCUUCACCAUCUCCCCCAUCAUUCUAUACUUCCUGGCAAGUUUCUACACAAAGUAUGACACCACACACUUUGUCAUAAACACUGCCUCACUCUUGAGCGUCCUGAUCCCCAAGCUGCCACAACUACACAGAGUGCGAAUUUUCGGCAUCAACAAGUAUUAAGUAGUUGUAAAUGCUAUGCCUCAUAGCAACAGAAGUUAACUCCUGUGUAGUCCAUACCGCCGAUGUGUGUACUAAGUCGUACAGUUUGUGUAAACGUCACUGUCGUCGUUUAGAAAAAAAAUAGGUUUACGAUGAAAUGUAAAAAAAAAAAAAAAAAAAAGCAGGAGUAGGUUUGUAGAUGACAGGAUGCCAUAUGCAUUACUAACUUAUGUGAAUAUUUAAUGAUGUAUUUUGGCCUGCAUAGACCUGGGCUGGCCCAGGCAUCAGUGAGGCUUUUGGUUGAGUUUGUUUCUUCUUUGCCCUCAGUUCACAUGGCAACACAAAUUGUGAGUACGAGUUGGUUUCUAGCCACAAAUGUCCCCAAAUGUAUUUUUCAAAGAUGUUUACUUCCUAAGGGUUGGGGCCUGUGGCUCUUUUGUUUAUUGGUACACUCUCAUUUUGUAAUGGGCGUCAAACGUAUUCAUGCUGAGUGGAAUCCUAAUACUCUUUAUUUGCACGAUUUCCUCUGUAUGUGAAUCAUUUCUUCUUUCGUAACUCAAUCAAAACAGAGCAGACUUUUUUUUUUUACAUUGUACAGUUUUUUUGUGAAUGUUAUGUCCCGUAUGCUAAAGAAAAAGUCCUGCGUGUAGAAAUGAGACAAGUUAUUGUUGUCUGGUUAAGUGUUUACUGAGGAAGGUCUACAGUAGCUCUGUGAUCAGCUUACAUUCAUGUAGGCGCUCUCUUUAGAUUAUGACUUUUUGGCUAUCAUCAAGGCAGCUAGUCCUGCUUUGUUUGCCCAUAGCUCUGGAGAGUUCUUGUCCUUAAUCUUAUUAAAAUGUUUGUGCCCUCAAA